AUGUCAAGUUCAAAUCCAUUACAAAUAGUAGAUAUAACAAAUCCAAUAGAUCAAACAUCACGAAAAUUGUUGAAUGCUCUAACUACUCAAGGUUUCGUAUUUAUUGAAGGUCAUGAUUUUAGUCAAUUAGAAGUUGAUCAACUUUUUAACUUAUCAAAAGAAUUUUUCAAUUUACCCUUGAAAUAUAAGGAACAAUUUUUAAAGCCAAAUAAUUCAAAUACUGGUUAUAUACAUUUUGAUAGAGAAAAUUUAGAUCCAUCAAAUAAAAAAGAUUUUAAAGAAGGUUUAAAUUUAAGUGAAAUUAAUUUUGAAACUGGGAUACCAUCAGGUUCAAUACCAGAUUGGAUUACUAAUGACAAAACAAGAUCAGAAAUAAUAACUAAAACAAUUCUUAAAUUAAAUGAUUUAGCAUUGGAAUUAUUAAGAAUUUUAGCAAUAGGUUUAAAAAUUCAAGAUACUGAAGUAUCAGGAAAAGAAUGGUUUACAUCUCGUUAUAAAUCAACUUCAAAAUCAGGUUCAACUUUAAGAUUCUUACAUUACCCUCAACAAACCAACACUCAAGAUCCAAUAAGAGCAGGUGCUCAUACAGAUUAUGGAAGUUCUACAUUAUUAUUCCAAAGAAAAAAUCAAGAAGGAUUAGAAAUAUAUACAAAGAAUCAAAAAUGGGAAAAAGUUCCUUUUAUUGAAAGUUCAAAAUCGGGAAAAGCACCACCAAUUAUAGUCAAUAUAGGAGAUCUUCUAAGUUAUUGGACUAGUGGAUUAUUAAAAUCAACAAUACAUCGAGUUAAAUUUGAUAAUGAUUCAUUAAAAGAAGAUCGUUAUUCUAUAGUAUUUUUCAGUCAUCCAAGUGAUGAAACUUUACUUGAACCAGUUCCUAGUGGAUUGAUACUGAGUAGAAAAGGUAGAGGUGUUAGUAAAGAUACCGAAUAUAUUACUGCUUUACAACAUUUGCAGAAAAAACUCGCAAAUACUUAUAGUUGA